CUGUUUACGACACUGUGUGCGCUGCUGUGUUUCAGGCAGAAGCUGAGAGAAGUGGCAGGAGCAGAUAUGGCGCGUCUAGUAGCAGUUUGCAGAGACGGGGAGGAAGAAUUUCCUUUCGACAUGAGGCAGAUACCUCUGUACAUCGACGAUACUCUGACGAUGGUGAUGGAAUUUUCAGAUAACAUGUUAAGCCUUGACAAACAGCAAAUAGACACAUUACAACUCAAGCAAUUUAUUCAGCGCCACAGCAUGUUGAAGGAGCAAGAUCUGACGAUUGCCAUGAUGGUGACAUCACGCGAGGUUUUCAAUGCUCUUUCUCAGCUGGUUCCAUGUGUUGGCUGCAGACGAAGUGUGGAACGCCUUUUCACCCAGCUUGUGGAAUCUGGAAACCCAGCCCUAGACCCACUUUCAGUGGGUGCUAAGGGAGUCCUCACAUUGUCACACAGUUGUAUGACCGAUGCAACAAAAUUGUACACUCUGUUUUAUGUGCGUGGGACUAAGCUGAGUAAUAUGAUAGAUGCAAUUCCAAAAAGCAAGAAGAACAAGAGGUGUCAACUACAUUCUCUGGAUACACACAAACCAAAGCCUUUGGGGGGUAACUGGAUGGACAUUUGGGAGGUCAUGUCCCAAGAAUGCAGGGACGAAGUUGUUUUAAUUGAUUCAAGUUGUCUUUUGGAAACCCUAGAAAAUUAUCUUCGAAAGCACAGGUUUUGUACAGACUGCAAAAAUAAAGUGCUUCGGGCAUACAACAUUUUAAUCGGGGAGCUGGAUUGUAGUAAAGAAAAGGGCUACUGUGCUGCACUGUAUGAAGGUCUUCGCUGCUGUCCACAUGAACGCCAUAUUCAUGUGUGUUGUGAGACAGACUUUAUUGCACAUCUUUUGGGUCGAGCUGAGCCAGAGUUUGCCGGAGGGUAUGAACGUAGGGAACGGCAUGCCAAGACAAUAGACAUUGCUCAAGAAGAAGUUUUAACGUGCCUAGGCAUUCACCUCUAUGAAAGACUGCAUCGUAUUUGGCAGAAACUGCGAGCAGAGGAGCAAACAUGGCAGAUGCUCUUCUACCUUGGGGUUGAUGCCUUGCGCAAAAGUUUUGAGAUGACUGUUGAAAAAGUACAAGGCAUCAGUCGUUUGGAGCAGCUCUGUGAGGAGUUCUUGGAAGAAGAAAGAGUCCAAGAACUGAAACAAGAAAAGAAAAGACAAAAGAAGAAAAACAGGAGAAAAAACAAGUGUGCCUGUGACAAUCCAGUAUCUCCAGAAACCACAGAAAUGGCUGUCACCAUUCCACAAAACGAACCAUUUGCUUUUAUGGAAAAUGGGUGCAAGAACUGCAACACACCUGAAGACAAUGGUACUUGUGUGGAGGUUAUUGUAACAAACGAAAGUUCUUCUUGUACUUGUCCAAGUGGGGGUGAUCAUCUGGCUUCACCAAAAAUGAAAAAGGGGUUAACGCCUCAUUCAAACGGUAGUGAUUGUGGCUAUUCAUCUAGCAUGGAGGGCAGUGAACCAGGCUCUCGGGAAGGUUCAGAUGUGGCCUGCACUGAAGGCAUUUGUAACCAUGAUGAAGCUGGGGAGGACUCCUGUGUUAAUUGUGACAAGGAGGAAGAAGGUGACAGUUGCGUAGAAUGUUGGGCCAAUUCAGCAGGAGAUAACCUGAAGGGAAAAAACAAGAAAAAGAAGAAAAAAAGCAAACCUUUUAAAUGUGAAAGUGAAAAUAUUUCAAAGCAACCAACGUGUAACAGAGAGACCUCAGGCAUUGCACACAGUGAACAGACCAAAGAUGGCAAGGUCGAUAGCUGCUGUACUGCCACAGAAAGCACUGGACAGACAUGGGUAGAUCACAGAAAUGAAUUGCUAAAGUGCACAGGCUCAGUAGAACUCUUAUAUACAUUUGAUGGAAGAAAAGAAACCAAGAGUUUAAAAGAGCUUCUGGAUGAAUCAGAAUGUACAUCAGAAGAGGAAGAUGGGCUUUCUCAAGAUGAAAUACAGACAUUUCUGGCAAGCAACAAGUCUUUUUACAGCAACCGACAACAAUUCAGACAGUAUCUAAAAGAGAAAUUUAACAAAUACUGCCUCUUACAUGAUCACAGGAAUCCUCUUUGUAGCACCUGGUUGGCAACAGCGGGGGCAAAUUAAAAUAAACUAGUUCUGUCUUUCACUGAAACAAUCAAAAUGACUACUGCGCCUUUUCUGUCUUUGAAAUAUCUUGAUUUGGGCCCUUUAUUUAAAAUUUACCAUAAUUUUCCCACUUUCUCUACUUCACCUACUUAAUUCGGUUUUCUUAUGGGAAGAGGAUUAACUACACAACUUGUUGAUUUAACUUUUGGGCUUGUAAUGUUUUUCUUUCAAGACUCCACCAAAUUUUUCUCUUUCCAUUUUACCUUUGGUUAAUGUUUAUACACAUUAAUGCGCACACCCGUUAGCAUCAAAAUUAAUGUUGUAAUUUUGUACAAAAUGACAAUGAAAAUAAUAUAGAAAUUUACAACAAUUAGACAUCCAUUUGCUAAAUGUUUGGAUGUAAUAUGUAAAAGCGCAAUGUGCAGAACUGAAAAAAUAAAGAAUAUUUAAGAUGCAA